AUGGUGGAGCUUUGGAAGUUCCGUCAGCGGAUGCAACGAGAAGGCGAAUCCAUUACGGAGUAUAUUACGGCUCUCCAGAGGGAUGCGAAGUAUUGUGGCUUUGGCGAAUACCUGCAAAAAGGAUUGCGUAACCAGCUGGUGUUCGGCCUGAGGAAUCAGCGAAUUCGAACUCGCCUGAUCGAAGAGAGGGAGUUGACCUUUGACAAAGCAAAACAGAUCGCACUUUCCAUGGAGGCCUCUGGUGAGGGGGCAGAAGUGCUCAAUCGGCGGUAUGAGGUUAACCUGGCAGAACGGAAGAAGAGUCAACCGAGGCGAGAUGCCACUGCGGCAACAACUACUAAAAGGCUCAGAGUAAGCGGAUCACUGGUCAAGUUUGAAGUAGACAGUGGAUCCCCAGUAUCUCUAAUUAACAGUAGUGACAAGACUAAAUACUUCACUGACUUACCAUUAAAACCGACUAGCAUUGAGCUGCGAAGUUAUUGCGGAAGCAAAAUUAAAGUGUUUGGUGUCGUUGAGACAGAAGUCAUGUAUAAGGGACAGAAAAACAAGCUGCAUUUGCUUGUGGUUGAUGCUAAGCGACAUCCAUUGUUGGGACGAGAAUGGAUACGAGCGUUACAAUUGGAUUGGAACGCCAUCAUGGAUAGUUCUGUAACUUCCGUUGACAGAAUUAAUUUGCGAACUACCCUUCCUAUAGCAAUUAAAGAGCUGGUGGAAGAGUUUACGACCGUGUUCGAUGAUUCAAUUGGUAAAAUUGAAGGAGUUCAGGCUACUUUGCAUCUCAAACCGGGUUCCAAGCCAGUUUUUCUCAAAUCGCGUUCUAUACCGUUUUCAAUUCGUGAUACAGUUGAACGUGAGAUCCACAAGAUGGUCGAAAGUGGAAUCCUUGUAAAGGUGAAUCGCAGCGAGUGGGCGACGCCGAUCGUACCAGUGAUGAAAUCUGCCAACAAAAUCCGAUUGUGCGGAGAUUUUAAGUUAACAGUCAACAAAAGUUUGCUGGUAGAUGAACAUCCAUUACCUACUAUUAACGAGAUGUUUUCAAACAUGGCUGGAGGAGAGAAGUUCACCAAGCUGGAUCUUGCUCAAGCCUACCUACAAAUGAUGGUACGACCACAGGAUCAGACGAUGCUGACGUUGAAUACACACCUAGGACUGUAUCAACCAACGAGGCUAAUGUACGGGGUGGCCUCAGCACCUGCGAUCUUUCAGAGAGAGAUUUCACAAAUUCUGCACGGUAUACCAGGAGUGUCAGUCUUCUUAGAUGAUGUGAAGAUUACCGGCCCAAAUGACGAAGUGCACUUAAAUAGAUUACGCGAGGUAUUGAGGCGAUUUCAUGAGCACAACAUGCGUGUAAAUGUGGCGAAGUGUGAAUUCCUUACUGACAGCAUCGAAUACUGCGGCUACAUCAUUGAUCGUCGAGGAAUACACAAGAUGCCAAAGAAGGUGGACGCUAUCCAAAAGAUGCCGCGUCCAGAGAACCGUGAGCAGGUUCGUGCCUUUUUAGGACUCGUGAACUACUAUGACACCAUUCGUCUGGACCAAUGCUUGUGA